AUGGCUCGCUUCUUCUCCCCACAUUUGAUGUUAGUUGUAACAUGCGUGCUGUACAUCAUAUGUGGAGCUUUGCUAUUUCAAAAGCUCGAAGGGGAACAUUUCAAAAAAGUCAAGCAAGAGCAAAUGCAGAAUAUAGAGCGCGUUUCUAAUAAAUAUAUGGAUCAGAUUUGGAAUAUGGUUCAAGAUAGAAAGACAGAAGAAAGUCUAGACGAAUUAACGGAAAAUGUGAAAUUGUCUACAAAAACUGAUUUCGAUCAUUUGGCUGACACUGUAUUCGCUGCCCAUAGAGCUGCUCGUCACGGUUAUGAUGAAGAAGCUCCAACAUGGGAUUUUGCAAACUCUGUUUUUUUCACUACAACUAUGUUAACAUCAAUUGGUUAUGGAUAUGUUGCUCCAAGUACUCUCUCGGGGCGACUGUUUGGAGUAGUCUAUUGCUUGAUAGGCAUUCCCUUAACUCUAGUGACAGUUGCUAAUGUCGCUAAGUUCAUUUCUGAAUCUGUUUUCCUUAUACACUACGAAAUUUGGAAAAGUUGGAUGAGGUGGCAGGCAAGAAAGAAAGGAACAGAUCCAAACGCGCCGAUGUUCGCUGAUGAUGAGAGUGAACAAGAAAUUCUCGACCGAGUAAAGCUUGUACGCUUUCCGCCUGUUGUUGUUUUCAUGUUCGUCUUCUUCUACGGGUUGUUAGCAUCAUACAUUAUACAGAGGAAAGAGUCAUGGACGUAUGUGGAGAGUAUGUACUUCACUUUCAUCAGUAUUCUCACAGUUGGUUUUGGAGAUUUUCGACCAUCGCCACAAAAUAUUUGGGUUACAUUGGCCGUUGUUUUAGGAGGUGUUGUGCUGUCAACCAUGUUCAUGGAUGUUGUUGGCAGGAUGUACCUAAAAGAGAUUCAUUACUUGGGUCGUAAGCUUAAGAGUAACAAUCCCUUCUAUCUUAUCCGAGAGGCGAAAGCCAGACGUCGACGUCAAGCAAUGGCAUCUCUACUUGCCCAACUAGCCAGAGGAAUGAUUUUCGCUCAUAAAGAUUAUAGUGAGUUAGCCCGGAAGAAAUCCAAAAAGAAAAAAGAUAAAAGAAGAGGAAGUCAUGUCUUACCUAAUGACAAGUUCAUGUUCGCUCGCUUACCACCUGAUCCUCCGUCAGACUGUCAGGUUGUGAGUACAUCUGCUUAUUCCGUACGGUUAGCAUGGGCUCCAGCCUUUUCUUCUGACACCAAUCUCACCUAUAACAUCCGCUAUCGUCUAAAGCAUAAUGAAGAUGCUAAAGUCCGCGAGCUGAGAGGAGUUAAAACACACUUUGUUGAAAUCAUGAGUGUGGAUUCUUGCUCACUCUAUCAAUUCCGUAUCACUGCUGUCAACAAGCAUGGAGAAAGUAAACCAGUAUUCCUCGUGCAAUAUACAGAACCCCAACUGAGUCCACAGCAUAUUAUAGCUCAAAAACUCAAAGCUAACACGAUUGAGUUGAGCUGGGAACCACCGUAUAAAAGAACUGGAGACGUUAAGAGUUAUGUUGUGUAUUUCACUGAGAAUCCAAACGCAUCCCUCGCGGAGUGGGAUAAGAUCCCUGUCAAUGGUCGCAAGGUUGUUUUUCCGGAUUUGCGCUUCGAUUGGUUCUACAUGUUCAGCGCUACAGCAAUAUUCAAGGAUGGACAACGGUCACCUCUCUCUCGAGCUCUGUUUAUCAAGACAGAUAAACUGGAGUUCCACAAACAAUAUUUGGGACAAUCAAAAACGAUUGAGGUUAUGGAUUCUAUCUGUGAUAGAGAGGAGAAUGAAAACACUCCAUUACUUAAGAGAGACUAUGCUUCUUUUGCUGUAUAA